CAACUUAAGCAACACUAGACAGAAAGGGAAAGGCGUCGGCCACCCCGAUCGAGACCACCACCGCUGCCACCUCCACCAAACUUGCCUUCCCUUCGAUUCCUCGCACCGAUUGCUUCCCAGAGGGCUCAUCUCCUCCUCCGGAUCUCGACUUGGCUACUCGUCUCUACGUUCGUCCACCGCCAGGAUGAAUAACCUCCUAUCGGAUUCUUUUGAACUCCCUCGAGGAGAACCUUCAAGAGAUGCCGACAUUGAAUUAGGACAGCAGCCUCCAGUUAGUGUUGCAGAACAGGGACUGGAAGUCUUUUUUAAGCAGGUUCAAGUAAUCGAGAAACAAGUUGACAAGCUUUCAACUCUAUCAAAGAAUCUUCAGUCAGCAAAUGAGAGAUCAAAAACUUUUACCAAGGCUUCUGACAUGAAAGCAAUCAAGCAACAAAUGCAGAAAGAUAUUGAUGAGGCAGGGAAAACUGCACGUUUAGCAAAGUCAAAAUUUGAAGAACUGGAUCGAGAUAAUUUAGCAAAUAGGCAAAAGCCUGGAUGUGGGAAAGGAUCGAGUAUAGAUCGUUCCAGAACUGCAACAACUGAAGCACUGAAACGAAAGUUGAAAGAUCGCAUGUCUGAAUUUCAGACUCUAAGGGAAAGAAUCCAGCAAGAAUAUAGAGAAGUUGUAGAAAGAAGAGUUAUUACAGUUACGGGUAAUCGGCCUAAUGAAGAGACUAUUGACCAGUUGAUAGAAACAGGCAAUAGUGAACAAAUUUUUCAGAAUGCCAUUCAAGAACAAGGACGGGGCCAGGUAAUGGAUACCCUUGCAGAAAUCCAAGAGCGUCAUAACACUGUCAAGGAUCUAGAGAGGAAGUUACUUGAGUUGCAACAGAUUUUUAUUGAUAUGGCAGUGCUAGUUGAUGCUCAAGGGGAAAUGCUGGAUAACAUUGAGACCCAGGUUUCAAGUGCCGUGGAUCAUGUUCAAUCUGGGACGGUUGCUCUACAAAAAGCAAAGACACUCCAGAAGAACUCUCGCAAGUGGAUGUGCUUUGCCAUACUUAUUCUCCUACUAGUCGUCGUUAUAAUCGUUGUCACAGUCAUUAAGCCAUGGAGCAAAUGAAGAACGCUAAUCCAAGCGCCAGUCUUGGCGAUGUAAUAAAAUCAGGCUGGCAGUUCAUUAGCGAUGUGUUGCAGUUGAGCUGGAAAGUCACUCUUCAAUUUUGAUUGAAAGCCACUCUUCGUUCAAUUUUGAUUGAUUUUUACUGGUUGAGUCAGAAUGUAAAAUGUAAACUGGAUGUUGUUGCUCUAACCUAUAUAUAUAUUUUUAAUAUUUCAGAUA